UGCUGUGAGUAACGUAACCUGUGAAGUAAACCUGUUCUGUGCUUAUAGCAAUUACCUACCUGUACAAGUGAAGCUCUGUGUGCAUGAAGAUCCCCAGUGCUGUGAGUAACGUAACCUGUGAAGUAAACCUGUUCUGUGCUUAUAGCAAUUACCUACCUGUACCAGUGAAGCUCUGUGUGUAUGAAGAUCCCCAGUGCUGUGAGUAACGUAACCUGUGAAGUAAACCUGUUCUGUGCUUAUAGCAAUUACCUACCUGUACAAGUGAAGCUCUGUGUGCAUGAAGAUCCCCAGUACCGUGAGUAACCUAACCUGUGAAGUAAAGCUGUUCUGUGCUUAUAGCAAUUACCUACCUGCGCAAGGAAGCUCUGUGUGAGUGAAGAUCCCCAGUGCUGUGAGUAACGUAACCUGUGAAGUAAACCUGUCCUGUGCUUAUAGCAAUUACCUACCUGUACAAGUGAAGCUCUGUGUGUGGACGAAGAUCCUCCAGUACUGAGAAGCGGAGCGCGCCACGGAUUAUUGGGCCGGAGCCCCCAAAGGAGCCCCUGUCCCCAGUCUUUCCCCCAAGUGGCCCUGGAGGCGAAGAAGAGACACAUUAGUUUUAAAUUACCCUUUCCCCUUUCCUUUUAAAUAUUUAAUAAAGCUUGUUUUAACUGUAGUAAACUCGUCUGUCUGGUCAUUGGGGUGGUCUUGGGAAACUCCUCGAGGUGGAAGAGUUGAGAGGGGCGUGACCUUUAGUCUAGUUGGGUCCGCCCCCGGGGUGUGACAGAUUUGGCGUAGUCGGCAGGGUUUCCACCUCGAGUUGAGCGACCAAGGCCCUCCAAUGGCCGACGACGAGUUGCCCAAAGCCCCGCCCCGUGUUGUGCCUGAAAGGCCGGAAACCCCACCCCGUGUUGUGCCUGAGAGGCCGGAAACACCACCCCGUGCCAUGCCCGUGUUCCUGGGAAACCCCUGGGUGCAGAAGUAUAAUGGGGUCGAGUCCGAGUUUCGUUUGACUGAGUGGAGGGCCCAGAUCGAGUAUUUGGCCGGCCUUCAGGGGCUGAGUGCCAGUCAACAACAGCAGUUUGUAUUAAACUCACUAGGAGGAGAAGCCCGGCAAGAAGUACAAGCCGCCCCCGAAGCCGUUCGAGCCACCGCCCAGACCAUAUUCCACUUCCUCACCGAGCAGUAUGGUGAUACCACCCCUGUGGCCGUCCUGAGGGCGCAGUUCUUUAAUUGCAAGCAGGGCCCCCACCAGUCCAUUCGAGCCUUCGCCCUGAAGCUGCGCAAGCAGUAUACACGCCUACAGCGACGACGAGAUCAUGGGAUUGGAGACGAGGAGACCCUGUUAAGGGACCAGUUCCUGCUAGGGCUACGGGAGGGCCCCCUACGACAAAAUCUCCGAGUGCAGUUUAGACGAGACCCUGAGCUCACGUUCGAUGACCUGAAAAAGGAGGCCAUGGCCUUGGAAGGCGACCAAGCGGAAGUAAAGGAGGCCCCCGUAUGUGCAGCAGUAAGUGGUCCGGCGGCAACCUCGGAAGUAACCGACUGGAAGCAAACAUUGAAGAUGGAGCUCCUAAAGGACGUGCGAGAUCAGAUGGCCGAGCUAUCGAAGGCCCUGGUGGGAGAGCUGCGCAUAGGGCCGGGAAGGAGAGAAGGAGGGCCCGCCCCCCGAGAACGGACGUACUCCGAUCGAGGCCGAGAUGGGAUGAGGCGCCCCUGGCAGGCUAGUCGGCCCAAGUUCGAGUGGGACGAGCAGGGGAGGCCCAUUUGCAAUCGGUGUGGGACUGCAGGGCAUGUGAGUAGGCAGUGCGGACCACGAAGAGCCUCCGAGGGGGGUUUUUAA